CUCACAAUCUUGGUUCUUUUUCUUCUAUUCUUGUGAUACUUGCUUGCUUGUGUGUUCACUAAUUAUAUAGCAUGGGUUGGACACGGGAAGAGAAUAGACGUUUUGAGGAUGCUCUUGCGGUUCAUGGGCCUAAUGACCCUAAUCGGUGGCAACAUGUAGCCAACGCCGUGGGUGGAAAAUCCGUACAAGAGGUGAAAAUGCACUAUGAGAUCCUCCAGGAAGAUGUCAUUCGAAUAGAGCGUGAUCAAAUCCCACUUCCCAGCUACAGAGGUGCUGCUAUCAACAUCAACGCAAGACAGAAUAUUGACAAUGAGCAAAGGCGAAUGAGGAAUCUAAGUCUCCGGUGAGGCAAAGACUAUUCGAACUGUGGAGUUGCUAGUUUCAACGAAGCCAUGUGAAAUUAAUUAUGUUAGUGUGCUCGCUGCCCUGUGUAUCUCUUUUCCUGUUAUAUUCACAAUUGUAAUUUGCAAGAAAUAUCAUGUAAUGUAACUUUGUCAAAAAAAAUAAUUUGCGUGUAGUACUGUGCUGGCACCAUCCUAGACAAUUAUCAAUGUAAUGCAACUUCUCAAAGUUUUAUUUAAUGAUUUUAAUU